CAAGAACUAAAACAGGGAAGUUAAAUCCUUGCCACAAAAACGAAAGCAGGUGCUGGUUUGUUUUCUAGAAAUGUAAAGAAGCCAUAGGAUAAUGAGUGGAAGUUAUAAACCAGGUUCGGCGGCAGGGGUACAUAAACCACCAGCGAAUAAGAAAAAUAAAGCCCCAACUACGCCAAUACCAGUACAAUCUACAAAUGACCCACAGCGGAACGAUCAAGAAGAAAUAUGGGAAUGCAUCUGUUCUCUUGGAAAGAAGAUACGAAAAGACUUUAAAAAAUCAGGAAAAGUUCAGACAAGUGUGAGAGAAAUUGAGAAAUAUAUACAAAAUUUGAUAGAUAAUGUAGUAAUAGAAGAAAAGGAGCAACAUGACACUAAAGGAGCUGCUAUUAGCAAAGACAAGCCAAAAGAAAGUAAUAAAUACAAAAAGGAUACUACGCAAGCGGCUAAAGAGAAAGAGGGAGACAUCGAUUUGUCAACUUUAUUUAAGAAGAUGACAGAGGACAAGAUGAAAUUGAAUAAGGAUUUAAUGUUUGCGAGGAAAGAUUUAAAUACAAUCUGUGAAAAAAUAUCUGCAACUGGAAAAGAUUUAGGAAUAGAGAUAGUUGAUGGACAACCAAAUGAUGGUAACAGUUCAACGAAAACUAUUACUUCAGUAUUAGAAGAAAAUAAGAAAUUGAGUAAAAUUCUAAGUAAGCUGAUCAGAGGGAUCGAGACUUUCGACAUGCAACAAAAAGAUUCUAGUAAAGACCAACAUAAAAAAAAUGCUAAAGGUAAACAGGAGGAAAAAGACAAAAAGAAAUCGAAGUCCAGCAAGCAAAGUGACAAACAACACUCAGAUUUAAGUGAUGAAACGCCUUUUACCGUUUUCACGGCUUUUGGCAAUCAUGCUUCAAGAGUAACUGAAAUCCUUAAAAAUGAGUCUAUGCUACAGGAGCAAAAAAGUCAACUUGAUAAGAUCAAAGAUAUUGCUCUUAGACUUUGUAACCAAGAGGACCAACAGAAUCAGACGGUAAUUUCGUUGAAAGAAACAGACAAGGCAGUGGAUAUUAUACAGAAAGAAGUUGAGAAACUUUUACAAAUGAAAGAACAAAUUGAAAAAGAGAAAAUGAAUCUGGAGUAUUGCUUAACUAAAGCUGAGGUUGUCAGUCAAAACAUCAAAACUUCUACAAAAAAACCCAGAGAUUCUGGAAAAAUUACUGCAAAUACUACUUCCAGUAAUGUUAAAACAACUGGAAAAAAGAUCAAACUCACUGAUAAAACUCAGCAGUCAAACGAUGACAAAAAAAUUAAAGCAGAGGAAAGAACAAACACACCAGAUAAAGCACAUGAAUAUAUAUCAGAAACAGUGAAGAAAUUAGAGCAAAUUCUUAAUUAUAUAGAAGAUGAAUUUAACAAACUAGACCAUCAGGAAAGAAAAAAGGAUAAAAUGCUCAAUCAUGUACUGAACACAACACAGACAGCGACCUCUCACGUCAAAAACAGUAUUGAAAAUAUGGAAAUGGAAGGGAAAAAGUUGAAUGUUGAAGAUUUUGAUGAUUUGUCAUCAUUUAAUGAAGAUAUAUUAAAUCUUGUCACAAAUCUCGAGUCCUUGAAGAAAACAUAUCACAAAAAUCUGCAAGAGAUAAGUCAAACAAAGAAACAAUUAGAGGAAGCAAAACAUGAAUGCGAGACUUUACAGCACAGGUUGAGUAAGAUGGCUGGAGCUCGAUUAACUGAUGGAAAUCCUAACAUUACAAACUUAGGGGAUCCAAACAGACCUAUGAAAAUAGGAGAAACUUAUUCUGAGUUGUAUGACAAUGAAUGGACUGACACAAUGGACUUGUGUAUACAAAAGUUUGGCAAAUCAUAUUCAGAAGACACUAUUAUUCAAAAUUUGUUUAAGACAAUAGUUGGUUGCCACAAAUUUUGCGAGGAAAAGUCUGCAGUCAUGUUAAUAGCCGGAAAAGAAAGUUUACAAACUGCAGUUAAAACUUUAAUGAUUGUGAGCAGUGAAGCUGAGGUUGUAAAACAAGCAAUGGACAUGAGAAAAAUGGCAGCAGAAUCAACGUCAGAUCAACUGUUGGAUAGUAUUUGCAAAGGUAAAAAAGAGAUAAUAGCACCGUACUUUAAGACAAUGGAAAAAAAGAUUCUUGAGCUGAUAAUGUCGACAUCAUUCUUUACCAAAUGUUUUAAACUAUGUUGGAAGAUGGUAGUUCAAGACCCUCCAAUGUUUCUUGAUGAAGGACCACAGAAAGACAAAGCUUUCGACAAAAACGUUUUUAGAGAAUAUACAAAUAGUGGAACUAAAGUGGUUUUUACGGUGUGGCCAGCAUUAUACUUACACAAAAAUGGAGCACUGUUAGUGAAAGGUGUAGUAAAAGUUAAGUAAGGACUCAUAUGGAAUAAACAUUUGAAAUGUUUUGAUAUAUUUUCCUAUCACGAUAAUAAAGAAAUGAAACAAUA